AUGGCUGCUGCUCGCACGCUUCGCAUAGGUCUCAUUCCUGGUGAUGGUAUCGGACGGGAGGUGAUUCCGGCCGGUAGAAGGAUCCUGGAAUCUCUUCCUUCUUCCCUCAACCUGAAAUUCAGCUUCGUUGACCUGCAUGCGGGUUAUGACACCUUCAAGACCACCGGAACUGCGCUGCCUGACAAGACCGUGGAUACUCUGAAAAAGGAGUGCGAUGGAGCUCUGUUCGGUGCUGUCAGCUCCCCGAGCACCAAGGUCGCCGGCUACUCGUCUCCGAUUGUCGCUCUUCGCAAGAAACUAGACCUAUAUGCCAACGUCCGACCGGUCAAGUCGACCACCGGUGGCAGCCACGGUAACCCUAUCGACCUGGUUAUCGUGCGUGAGAAUACCGAGGACCUGUAUGUGAAGGAGGAGCAGAGCAGGGAUACCCCUAAUGGCAAGGUAGCCGAGGCGAUUAAGCGGAUCUCCGAGAGUGCGUCAUCGCGCAUUUCUACUAUUGCCGGUGAGAUCGCCCUGCGCCGUCAGAAGAUCCGGGACGUGGCGUCCGCGCCCGCCCUUCGUACCAACCCUAUGGUGACCAUCACCCACAAGUCCAACGUGCUAUCCCAGACCGAUGGCCUGUUCCGUGAGACGGCCCGUAAGGCUCUGGCCGCCCAGCGCUUCUCCUCCGUUGAAGUGGAAGAGCAGAUCGUCGACUCCAUGGUUUACAAGCUCUUCCGCCAGCCCGAGUACUACGACGUGAUUGUUGCUCCCAACCUCUACGGUGAUAUCCUGUCUGACGGCGCCGCCGCUCUGGUCGGCAGUCUGGGUCUGGUCCCCAGCGCCAACGUCGGUGACGGCUUCGCUAUCGGAGAGCCCUGCCAUGGCAGUGCCCCUGACAUCGAGGGCAAGGGUAUUGCCAACCCGAUCGCCACGUUGCGCAGUGUGGCGCUGAUGCUGGAAUUCUUGGGUGAGGAGAGCGCUGCGGCCAAGAUCUACACGGCAGUCGAUGGCAACCUGGACGAGGGCAAGUACCUCUCUCCUGACAUGGGCGGUCAGGCCAGCACUCAGGAGGUGCUGAAUGACGUGCUGAAAAGACUUCCAUCUCAACCUAGUCAAAGCCGACGUCCUCCCGAUAUAGACAGCAAGGAAGAACUUUCAAAGUCCCCUGUUGCCAGAUCUCCCAUUCCUAGGCAAUGGGUGCUUGUCCCCCGUACCCUCUCACAGUCCGAAUCCCCACAGAUCAGAGACUGCAGGAUGCUGACAUCCUACAAUUGGGUGGCGGACGUUACUCCUAUGAUUAUGAUUCCAGGCCGUCCACGAUCCUGGUAUCCCCUGACCACGUCGCAGCCGCUUAGCCACAAUCUAAAGGCCUACAUCCACGACGCCGACAUGGCAUAUUACCCUUCCUACCCCCUACAGCCGGCCAUCGAAGCAAUUCUGCACACCUAUCCGUCCUACAACACCCGCUCUGUCGACCUUGUCGCCUGCUCGCUGACCUUCGAGCACCUCUUGCGCUUAUUCUUCAAGCCCAACGCCCAGCCCUUUCGGGUCCUAGUCCAGGCGUUUGGGAAGACGGUAUUCUUCCUUCCUCGCAAGCCUUCCCUCGAUGAGAUGGACCCUGAACCCAAGAGGUGCCCAAGUCCGUUUCUCGAUUGGUAUACGGGCUGGGAAAGGGACGUUAGAGGGUCGAGGUCGCAUCAUCGCGUUCUGGAGUAUGACUUUGGGGGGUUGAAGUGCGUGAUGCGGUCCCAGACGGAUGGGUAUUUUACGGAUUUGGCGCCGCGGAGCGAGGAGGUGCAUAGUGGUCAUGCAUGCAAUAAUGGGAAUCCCAGCAGAAAGUGCAAGGGGAGUGGGAGUGAAUCGCCUGUUGGCGGCGAGUUCACGACCCUGAGUAGCUACGACGCGGAUGGGAACGAGCGACUGCUGAUUGUUGAAGGGGGCGAGGCGAUCCCGCAAGAAGCUGUCUUCGAUAUGGAGGCGCGUACAAUAUUUCGUUGGCAAGAAGACCAGGAGGUGACGGAUCACCAGAAAAUGGCGCGGUUUUGGGCACGCCAGAUGCAUAACGCGCUGGUUGGGUACCAUCAGGGCGGUCUCUUCAGGCAGGUUGACAUUAAGGAUAUGCAGGACGACAUUCGCGACUGGCAGCAAAGCGAGCUGGAUCGGAUCGGUCGAUUUGCGGCAAUGCUGAAGAAGAUCGUGGCUUUUGCGAGGGAAAAGGAAGGACGGAUAUUCGAGGUCUUUCAUCGCUCGGGCUGGGGACUGGAGGUGAAGGGCAUCGCUGACGUUAAUCCCCUGUUGCCAGAGAAGUUGGCGAUGCGGUGGACAAGGGGUCCGAACGUGCUGCCUCUGUCUGAUGAAGAAGAUGUGAUCGAUUUUAGUGAUAGUGAUGAGAAUCCGUGUAAGACGUGA